AUGGAAUGGGAAACAGCCAUUGGAUCAACAUCAGAUCCUCCAACGUUUGCACAAUUAACGACGUUUUUCACCUCAAGACUGCGAGCCCUGGAAACUGUGGAAGGAGCAUCCAGUUCAUCAGCAUCGACUACGAACAUAAUCGAAGCUCCGAAGCAAGGGAAGCGGACGUCCGUCAACUCCACGCGUCGUGUCAAGGCGCACGCGACGCACACCGCUGGAGAAGGAGCUCGAAAGUGCCUUAUUUGCCAAAAGGACUACUUUAUUCUCUUUUGCCCGACCUUCAAAAGGAUGAAUCCGCGGGAUAGAAAGCAACUGGUAACAGAAAAGCGAUUGUGUUAUAAUUGCUUGGCACCACACUCUUCACAAGCUUGUAAAUCAACUAAAGGUUGCCAAGUUUGCGUUGGUAAGCAUCAUACCUCCCUUCAUUCUACUUUUGAACAAUCUUCUGCUGCUCGCUCUUCUCUUUCCAAACAGGUGCCAGACUCGAGUCGCGAGACGAUCGACGAUCCGCAACAGGAGCCAUCCGCUUCAGUUUCUGAAAAGGUUACACAUUACACAAUGACUUCCUGCUCCGUAACCUGCGCUGUAUCGGUCAUACUUGCUACCGCGGAACUAAUGCUAGAGUCCGACCAGGAAAGGAGAGCGGUAGUGAGAGCUUUGAUCGAUCCUUGCUCAGAGGUUUCUUUGAUGGAGGAAAGCGUGGCUCAGAUUCUAAAUCUAAAGCGGGUACCUGAGAAAAUUCCGAUUAUUGGCGUCGGAAAGACGCAAACUUACACGAAUGGUAGGGUCUCUCUUCGUAUAUUUUCUCGUUUGGACCAAACUAUAUCUUAUCGCCUCACGGCAUACGUUCUUCCUAAACUACCAUCCUACCAAGCGGCGAAAUCUUCGUGUCCUUCCGUACUAGAUCAUUUGGAGGGACUAGAACUGGCCGACCCUGACUUUCUAUCUUCGAGACAUAUUGAUCUGAUUUUAGGAGCGGAUAUCUACGCUCAGAUAAUAAGAGCGGGUCUAAAACCACCUAACGGUCCUGUCGCUCAAGCCACCUCACUUGGGUGGAUUUUAACUGGGCCGUUAAGGCAAACUCACAACUUAAAUAACAAUACUAAUCUACCUAUCUCGUUGCAGUGUUCCAUGCGAGAAUCAGAUCUGGUUGAAACGCUUACUCGCUUUUGGAAAAUCGAGGAAAUUCCCGCAAAAUCUAAUCCGUUAACCGAGGAUUAA